AUGAGGCUUGUUUUUGGAGCUGUUCGCCCAUUCACCACUCCACCUCUACCAAAAUCCUCGGUGGGCGUGCACUAUUAUGCCGCCUCUACCGCCACCACCAAAACUAAAAGCUUCGCAUUGAGAGGCUUUGAGGUCUCAUGCAGCUCGCUCAACAAGCACGACUCGUCAAAACGCAGCGUUUCCGAUCAGUCUGCAAAACUGGGAAAGAGGUGGAUGGAGUUCCAGGGCAUCAACAACUGGGAGGGCUUGCUCGACCCUCUCGACCAUAACCUACGCUGCGAAAUUCUGCGCUACGGGCAGUUUGUCGAGGCGGCGUAUCGUUCCUUUGACUUUGACCCCUCCUCCCCAACAUACGCCACGUGUCGCCACACCAGAAGCUCGCUCUUCGCCCAGACAGGGGUAGGCGAAACAGGGUACAAAAUCACCAGAAACCUUCGCGCCACCUGUGGGGUUCAGUUGCCAAGUUGGUUUAACAUGGCCCACCCGAGCUGGGUGUCCACCCAGUCCGGCUGGAUUGGCUAUGUUGCUGUCUGUCAGGACAAGGAGGAGAUCGCCCGUCUUGGGCGGCGUGACGUGGUGAUAGCCUACAGAGGCACGGCCACGUGCUUGGAGUGGGUGGAAAAUUUACGCGCCACGUUAACUGAAUUACCUAACCACGGCGAUCCCACCGAAAAUAGGAAGGGGCCCAUGGUAGAGAGUGGGUUCCUGAGCCUCUACACGUCGAGGACUGCCACGUGUCGUAGCUUGCAAGAGAUGGUGAGGGAAGAGAUCGCGAGGGUGAUUGAAAUGUACGGUGAUGAGCCACUCAGCUUCACGAUCACGGGUCACAGCCUCGGCGCGGCACUCGCUACGCUCACCGCAUACGAUAUCACCACCACUUACGAAAAUGCACCAAUGGUGACGGUGAUUUCGUUCGGUGGGCCACGUGUUGGGAACAGGGGCUUUAGGGCCCACCUUGAGAGAAGUGGGACCAGGAUACUUAGGAUUGUGAACUCCGACGAUGUUAUUACCAAAGUACCUGGCUUUGUGUUCAAGCAUGGCGACGUGGCGUGUAAGCAGAGUAACCACGUGGCCAGCAUUCGGGGUUGGAUGAGCAAGUGCGUGGAAGAGAUGCAGUGGGUUUAUGCUGACGUGGGACAAGAGCUUAGACUUAGUAGCAGGGAGUCACCGUACCUCCCGAAGGGGGAUAUGGCCACAUGUCACGAUCUGAAGACGUAUCUUCACUUGGUCAACGGUUUUGUGAGUUCCACGUGUCCUUUCGGAUCUAGCUCCCAGAGUGUGCAACUGAUUAGUCAUCCGAGAGAGAAUGCUUGGGUUUGA